CUCACUCUGUGCAGGAGGAGCACAUCAGGCAAUGCUUUGAAAAACAGCGCCGCAUGACGAAGUGUCAAAUUUACUUAACAGUAAAUUCCUUUCUCUGGAGCGGGAUUGAAUAUAUGAAAAGGAUCUCUUUGCUUCAAUGUGUGUGACAGAGGAGUCUGGUGUUUUCCAUUGUCAAACACGUACCAGAUGACCAUCCUUGUGUCAACCCUGAUUCAGAGCAAAGCGAAGUUGCAGGUAAAGUGUCUGUGUGUGCUUAUGUUCCUGAGCUUCCCUCUGAAUAUGGCUGAGGUCCCUGGUCCAUGCAGACACUCCAUCACUAGGGAGCACCUGCUUACAGUCAGGAACCUGAUGGAUAACCAGUUGAGAAGUGGUUGUUCGAUAACCUACACAUUCAUAGAACGGAGAAAUUUGAGCAAAUGUUGCUUCGUAAAAGCUGCUUUACCAUGGAUCCUGGAGCUUCUCACCACCCACUUCAAAUAUAACCGGGGGUCAGUCAAUGAUGGCUACGUUCAGUCCCUUAGAGCGCUCAUCCUCAACAUCUAUUCUCAGAAAUGUGUGCCACAGAUUAAUGAAGAGGUUGAAGAUAAGCCAGAGAGUUUCGAGACGCUGUACAGAGGGUCUCCUUCAGAGGCACUGCAGAGGGCUUCAGAGGUGCUGUCUGUUUACUGGGAGCUGAUCACAACCAGCAAUGCACCAGUGGACUGGAGAUGCCAGCACGAAUACACAGAAACCUUUGGCUCUACCACAGAGCUAUUCACAGAGUCACCCGCACAUUUUACAGACAGUUAUGGUAGGAAGUCAGUGAAGGCCUCUCAGAGAAGACCGGUCAAAGACCUGUACAAGCUUGGCUUCAUCAUUGCCUCCAUUUGCGGAGGACUGCUAUUCAUACUCAUGCUCUACUGUCUCAUCUCACACAAGAAAACCCACGACCCUCACAGAUCAAGAUAUACAAACCAAAGCAGAGACCUGCAGGACAUAGAGAUGGAGCCACAAUAAUGUGACACACGGCGCAUCACUGCAGCAGCAGAUGGAACACUUGUGAAGCUGUACAUUUUAUCCAUCACAAACAAGUUGUCAUAUCAGUAUUGUGUGUAAUAUAUCACGCUCACCUAUUUAAUCGGAGGCUUCGCUUUGAUUUAAAGCAAAGAUGGACCUUAUUUGGAUUAAUAUGCUAUGUAUAUUAUGUUUAUGCGUUAUCUUUUGCGGUUCACAAAAAAGUUUUAUUUUUACACUAGUUAUGAAUGUUGAAUAAUGUGUCUCCAUUUGCUGCCACUUAACCAACUGUUUGUAAUGUUGUUUGCCAAACAUUUCCACAAGUUAUUUAUUAGUUUGACUCUAUUCAAUGACCGUAUUGAUAAUAAAAAGUUAA